AUUUAUAUAUAAAUUAUGUAUAAGAAUCAGCUGCAAGAGCUGGCCCAAAGAAGCUGUUUCAAUCUUCCAUCUUACACUUGCAUCCGGGAAGGUCCCGACCACGCGCCGCGCUUCAAAGCCGUCGUUAACUUUAACGGCGAUUCCUUUGAAAGCCCUAACUAUUUUACUACUCUCCGUCAGGCUGAACACGCCGCCGCCGAAGUCGCCCUUUCUUCCCUCUCCUCUCACUCUCUCGCCGCCAGAAUCCUCGAUGAAACUGGGGUUUACAAGAAUCUUUUACAAGAAAUUUCACAACGUGUUGGUGCACAACUACCACGGUAUACAACGUACAGGUCUGGUCUCGGGCACCUACCGGUCUUUACAGGUAUAGUGGAACUGGCUGGAAUCACAUUCACGGGUGAACCUGCCAAAAACAAGAAACAAGCAGAAAAAAACGCUGCCAUGUCAGCUUGGUCAUCUCUCAAACACCUGGCAAAGCAAGAGGCAAGUUCAUCAAGUGAACCCGAGAACAAUGAUGAACAAGAACAAAUUAGAAUUGCAAGGGCACUUUUGAAUUACAAAUCGAAACAAAAUAUUGGAACAUCUAGCUACAAUAACCUCCCGGUACCGUUUCAGAAGAAGUUUACCUCUCCGGCACCACGAGCACCAAGCCCUCAACGACCUCCAUUAACCACAUCUAAAAUACUUCCAUUGUUCUAUCAGACCAGAUCUGUAUCUCCUGCACCGCAGGAUCCACCAUCAUCACCGCAUCAAAACCGACCCGUCCGCCCACAUUUCUCGCCUUACGUUCCUUUGCGCCAUUACAGGGCACCACACCACAAUGGACUCGCACCGCCAGUCACCAUGAGAACAGCAGUUCCAGUCUUUUCAGCACCACCAAUGCCGCCAUCACCUAGUCCUAAAGUGAUACAACCAACACUGCAGCCAUCACCUAAUCAUCAGGUGAUGCAACCACCAAUGGCAGCUUCACCUAGUCAUCAGGAGAUGCAGCCGCAGAUGCCACCAUCGCCUAGUCAUCAGGUGAUGCCACCACCGCCUAGUCAUCAGGUGAUGCCACCACCACCUUGUCAUCAGGUACGGCAAAAUAGACCUGUAAAGAUUGCCCCACCUAUCCGUAUAAGGCAAGCAGUUCCUGUUUUUUCCGCUCUUCCAGUUAAGAAAGAAGACCCUUCUAACAUAAAUGAAUCAGAAGCGGUCAAAUGUUUACAAAAUCUCAAAUUAUGAAGAUAACUAGAAGCCCAUAUGAUGAUGAUGUUAAACCUCCUCAUUUUGUGAUGUGAGGUAGCGUCAUUUCUCCAAUGUUGUUAUAUUGCAUGUAUUCAAUAUUUGGUAUGAGCUAAGUAAGGUAAAAACAGCUGUUUUAAUAGUUCAGAUAGUAUCAGUUGUAUCAAAUUUUGGUAAUGUAACAGUAGUUUUCCUUACUAUGCUUUCAA